AUGGUGCAGCACGUCUUCCAGAUCCAUGGACUACCAGUCAACAUGGUCUCUGACCGGGGUCCUCAGUUCUCGUCUUGGUUCUGGAUGGCGUUCUGCACCCUCAUUGGGUUGUUGGCCAGCCUGUCCUCCGGAUUCCAGCCCCAGUCCAACUGCCAGUCAGAACGAGCCAACCUGAAUCUGGAGAUUACUCUGUGCUGCCUGGUCUCUGCCAACCCCACCACCUGGAGCCAGCUGUUGAUAUCAACAUGGCGGGAGAGCCCAUGCCCAACAGACCCAGAGGACAUCAACAUGGCGGGUGAGCCCAAGCCCAACAGACCCAAAGGACUGAAGAGGUCUGCCGCUGGUCUCUACAGUGGCUAUCACUUUGAUAAUGACUACUACAGAGAUGAAUUCUAUGACAGGUUGUUUGAGUACAGGAGCAGAGUGUCGCCAGUGCCUCGCAUAGUGCCAGUUAAGUGGCCUCACAUGGCCAUGCCCCUGGUGCAUCAGGUCAAGUAUUUACCCUCCAAGCUGUUGGCACGCUCAUCACUCCUCCCUAGCAGCCCCAAGCAGAAGUCGGUAAAAUCCAACGAGCUACAGGUAAUCAAAUCAGAGCUGACUCAGAUCAAGUUCAACAUUGAUGCGCUGCUCGGCCGACUGGAACAGAUCACAGAAGACAAACACUUUGCCGCGGAGCUACAGAAGGCAGAGGAGAGCAAUAGCGAGGUGUCUCAGGACGAGUCAUGCUCGGACACAGAGAAGCUGGUAGACGAAACCCAUAACAGUGAUGUGGAGGAUGGGGAGGAGAGCGGCACACCGGACGAGUGUGAAGAUGACGACAUGGAUCUACAUGAAAGAGUGUGAGCUGGAGGGGCAGCUAGCUGUCACCUCAACAAGCUUUCAGUCUCACUGAAGAAUUAGACGUUCAUCCACGUUCUCCAAAUGUCACAUUUCUAAGUGUUUUUGUUGCUCCUACUACUCUGUAUCGUUCUGUUACUCCAAACGUCAAAUUUCAAAGUUAAGAUUUAAGUUUAGGCACACAUUCCGAAUGGUUAAGGUUAGGGUUUGCGAUAGGGUUAAAACCAAAAAUUCUAACUAAUGUCCAUGACUGGGAUUGAACACAUGCCCAUCCACCACCACAACAGUCUAACAAAACCCAAGCCUACUUGAUGAUAAAAGUGCUCUUGGUUGCCCCUAGCGGCUGGUUUUGAAGGCAUUUCCUGAUGUCUUCGGGACAUGAAUAGACGUCCAAUUUUGACGUCAAUCUUGAAUGAUCUCCCUGGUGACCUGCAUGGGUGAAUAAGAAGUGGGAGAACCAAACAUGACCUGUAUGCUACUGUAUGUUAUCUUGACAUGUAUUGCUGUGCUGUACUUGGCUAAUAAAGUUCCCCUUUUCUUUGAGAGCAACAA